AUGGCCUCGCUCGUGUAGGGGGAAGUAGGCAGUUGGCUGGCAGAGGCGCGGAGUGUAGGAGUAGGGUAUUGUGGAUCAGUUUGUGACGUAGCCCCUUUUGUUUGUGCGGGCAUUCUGAAGCGCAUCAUCAUGCCUAUAAGGAAAAAAUGCAGGUUUCUUGUACAAAAUAUCGUACAGAAGGUUUCGCGGGAAAAUAAGAGGCAUAGUUCAUUUUUGUAUACGAAUAUGCGUGAUAACCUGCCAACAAGGGUAGCGCAAAGAGGCGAAUUGUCGCAUAUCCCUUUCGGGAGACAGAAUGAAGAUUAUUUGUCUUCAUCAUAUUUCAUGAAAAGCGCUCCCUGUAGAAAUUUUUCCAUUAGUUCUUCUUCAAGAAUGAGAUUUGUACAGUUUUCUGGAACCAAUGGUGGCCCCCAAAGGCUCGGCGUUCAGUUGACACAAGACAGUGAUAUAAUUGAUAUCAGUGGCGUCGAUUCGUCCAUACCCAAUAGUUUGGUUAAAUUUUUACAUGCAGGACCCGAAAUGCUGGAGAAAUCUAAGAGGUUAGUCGCAGAAGGCAAGUCUCUGAUUCCUCUGUCUGAUGUUCGCCUACUGCCGCCUGUGUCAUCUCCGGACAAAAUUGCGUGUGUUGGACUAAACUAUCGAGGUCACUGUGAGGAACAGAAUCGACCUUUCCCACAAGAGCCAGUCUUCUUCUCGAAGUGGAGCAGCUGCAUUGCUGGACCCAAUGCAGAAGUCAAACAUCCAUCAAUCACAAAUGAACUUGAUUGGGAAGUUGAGUUGGCUGUUGUUAUUGGUAAACGUGCGCAUGCUGUUCGCCCAACAGAUGCAAUGGAUCAUGUGUUCGGGUUUACUGUGGCUCAAGAUAUAACAGCCCGGGACUGGCAGAAGAAGAGCCGAAAUGGUGGACAGUGGCUCCUUGGGAAGAGUAUGGAUGGUUCUUGUCCUCUUGGUCCAUCUGUUGUGUUGAAGGAAGUAGUGGCAGAUCCCUAUGCCUUGCCCAUAUGCUGUAAAGUGAAUGGGGUAUUGAAACAGGAAAGCAACACCAAUGAGCUGAUCCAUAAGAUUGACUACAUUGUCUCUUUCUUGUCACAUUGCUGCACACUACUGCCAGGUGAUGUGAUACUGACUGGAACACCAGCAGGUGUUGGAGUGUUCCGGAAUCCUCAGGAAUUCCUCAAGCCAGGAGAUGUAAUUGAGAGUGAAAUUGAAGGCAUUGGUAAACUCAAGAAUACCAUUGUAUGAGAAGCUGGUGAAGAAGUUAAAAUGUUGAGGACUCAAGUUAAUGGAUAUUCUGACAUAAUCACGUUUAUGACAAUAAAGAUUGACAGCAGCUGCAUCUUGUUUACCAUGAUAUGAUAAAGACACUUCUUAUCUCUGAAUGUAUAUUAUCCAUGUAUUAUUGCAACUCAGGCUUUAUUUUUUAUAAUUUUAUCCAGGGUUUUAUUUUUAUGUAAGAUAACAAAGCAUGAUAUAGCAUAACUUAUGUCAGACAAGGCUUAUGGUUGGAAUAAGGCAAUCUUUUAAACUGAGAAAGAACAUUACAGUAAUAAAUUUCAGUUGAUGGCUAUAGAAGACUGGAAGUUCAGUGGAUUUUAUUCACAACCUGUAAACGGAAGGCUUGUGGAUAUACAUAAAAUAUUUUAGACAUGCAGGCAUCUUUAAAAAAGUGUGAUGGUACCUGUGAACUUCAUUACAUUCAUAUGCAUGCAUGUAACACUCUAGCUAUGACUGAAUGAAUUUGGUGGAAUUUUGUGAUGGAAACCACUAAUACAGAAGAGAAUGGACAAAUUAUGGACAUACAGUGAAAGCCUUAUUUAAAAUUUUCAAUCAGUAUAGUGUUCAAAACCACUGUUCCCCAAAGAAACAGAACAUUAAAUAGGUUACUUUGGGGAGCAAGAAUUUGAACACAACUGAGAACAAUUAUAAAUGGAAGAAAUUUAACACUGAUACCAUUGAAAUUGAGCAUUAAAUGAGGGAAAAUCUUAAAUUGAGGAACUUAGAUGGGGGUUCCACUGUAUAUGAUACUUUUUUUGGAUAAUACUCUUUCAGUUAUGCAAUGGGUGCUUAAGCUGGAUGAAUUACAUGCUGAUGAAUUUGAUGAACCUGUUUUAUAUUACAUUGUAUUCUGUGUUAGUAUCCCACAAAAAACAGAAUCCAUUUAAGCAUAACAAAGGUUUGGUGGCAGAUGCAAGCUGUUUAUUACUAGUCUUGCCUUAUCAAUUAUAAAACAUCAUUCAUGUGAAUUUUAUUGGUUUCACUUAAAUAAAUAAUAAUAUUAACACA